AGGAAGGGGGGCGAGGUGGGGGGGAUUUUAUGAGUAGUUUAAUCUGAGAGCGGCCGCGUCGGCGCUGGCUAACUGAACGGGAAUGGCAGUUUGGACCAGAGCUGAUAAAAACGGCCAGCUGGACCUACUUCUCCGCGACCGCUGGGUCCGUGUGUCCGCUGAACUCGGCCGAGAAACGCUGACUUUGACGGCCGAGGCGGAGGUAAGCGGGCAGGGGACCAACCGCUGGGACCACAGCACUUCCGCGGAUGGCAUGUCGAAUGGAAACGAACUGGAAACGAGGUCAGGGAACGCCGGGUGCAGUCUCUCUACUGGCCAGGAGCAAUUUCAGAAGGGCUGCGGCAGCAGCAGCGGCAGCAGCAGCAACAGCAGCAGCCCUGCUAGUCGGGGUCAGUAUGACGGCACCCGCGGGUUAAGCAGCCCCGGGAAGUACUCGAAUAACGGCACAAACUCUGAUUUGGGGAGUCCCGGGUCGAAUCCCUGUUCGAGGCAAGGCGAUGUUCCAGGGAGUGCGGACGUCUGCACGGAGGCUGUGCGAAAGGUCCGAGUUGUCAAACAAGAGUCUGGCGGGCUGGGGAUCAGCAUCAAGGGGGGGCGCGAGAAUCGGAUGCCGAUCCUUAUCUCCAAGAUCUUCCCGGGGCUCGCUGCAGACCAAAGUCGCGCUCUUCGGGUGGGCGACGCCAUCCUGUCGGUUAAUGGUAACGACCUCCGGGAGGCAACGCACGACCUGGCGGUGCAGGCCCUUAAGAAGGCAGGAAAACAAGUGACGCUGGAGGUGAAGUACAUUCGUGAGGUUUCUCCUCUAUUCAAGAAGUUUUCCCUGGUGGCUGACUUGCCAUGGAAUGGCAUUCGGCCACAGUCUCCCAGCUACAACGGCAGCGAGGAUUCUGGAUCUCCUAAACACAGCUCCUCCAAAGACCGGAAGGUCAUCACCUUGAAGAUGUGCUUCAUCAGUAGGAAUCUAACCAUGCCAGACCUGGAGAACAGACUGUUGGAGCUCCAUUCUCCAGAUGGUCAGCACACACUGGUUCUUCGCUGUAAAGAUGCCUCCACUGCCAACUCCUGGUUCACUGCCAUCCACACCAACAUUGCUGCCCUGCUCCCACAGACCCUGGCUCACAUCAACGCUUACCUGGGGGCCUCGGCCUCCAAACAGCCUCAACUGAAACACAUUGGGUGGCUGGCUGAACAGGUCCAGCUGGAAGGUGGACGGCAGCAGCACAGACCGGUAGUCAUGGCACUUACGGAAAAGGACAUUUUACUCUUUGAGUCUGUGCCACGGGGUAGAGAAUCAUGGGCGUUGCCUUUGCUCACUCACCCACUCCUUGCCACAAGACUGGUGCUUUCUGGCAGUGCCCGUGGCUCUCCUGCCCAGAGUUCUGACCUGGUGUUUGCCACUCGGACCGGCACAGGGCAGGGCAUCGAAUCACACAUCUUUCGUGUGGAGACCCACUGGGAUCUCUCUUCAUGGACAAGAGCUCUAGUACAAGGUGCACAUGCCGCUGCCGAACUCAUCAAAGAAGUCUCAAUUGGCUGCACACUGAACAGACAAGAUGUCCGGCUGACACUGCACUAUGAGAAAGGCUUUACUGUGACGAGAGAACCAGCCAACCCAGCUAGUAGAGCUGUGCUGUUCAGAUACCCCUAUGAAAAACUCAAAAUGUCUGCAGAUGAUGGAAUACGCAGCCUUUACCUUGAUUUUGGGGGUCCUGAGGGAGAAAUGGUAUUUGACCUCCACUCGGGUCCAAAGCCAGUUGUAUUUGUGCUCCAUGCUUUCCUUUCGGCCAAACUCACUCGUAUGGGCCUGCUCACAUGAAGUGACAUCAAGCUGAGUGACCUGUUCACCAACGAGCUCAGGCACACCAUGGACUAAUCGCCCAUGAUGGUGAUAUCCUUGAAAAUCUUCACAGCUUCACAGUUCACUCAGAACUGACAGCACAGGAAUGAAUCCCACCACCGCCCAGCCCCCUCAUAAAAAUGUGCCUUUGCUUCCAUUUUCUCCUUUCCUUCCCACAGCAGCUUUAUUGCUAGGUCAAGUCAUAAAGUAGCACUUUACUUGAGGUUCUCUGGCUUUAUCAAUUAAAAAAGCUUUUAUCAUUCCAGUGAUUAGUUUAGUGAUCAUUAAAGACACUAUGGGCCAUAUUCUCACGUUGAAUAUCCCAUGGCACGCAGUCGCACACUGACUGCGAUGGUUCACCCAUCGAGUAAUGUCUGUCAUUUACGCACCGUCCAGCCAGGUAUGCACUCUGGUUGGGGCAAUCCUAAAAUGUGGCCAUUCCCUAUCAAAUCUGGACUUGCGCGUAUUCUCUAGUUGAUUUAUGCACAUUUUGCAUUUUUACGCAAUUGAGAGUCUGUAGUAUGUCAAGCGUCCUUGGAAGGUGCAACAUCAUAUUGCACUUGAAGUUUGGAUGCAGUUACAAUAUAUGCCAAGUAUUAAUAAUAUUGAAAGAUCAAGUGUAUUUUAACUGCCACUGUCAUGAUUUUUUUUUUUUAAUAUAUAUUUAAAUCUCGAUCUGGGGUCUCCAACCACUAUGCGUGGCCACACAGAGGCUGAUUAAAAAGACAUUUCAUCAAAGAUGCAUUGUAAGUCGGUGAUAACAGCGUUGUUGUGAUAGUUACUGGCGGAGAAUAUCUGCGCUAGCACACUUUUUUUCACCAUUUGUGUACGAUGCUCACCUACAACUGCAAUGAGCGAAUCCACUUAAAACAUGUUCCCUGCCGGCAUUAAAAGAUAAAACAUUGGAGUUUUUUAGAUGGCACUGGCAUGUUGACAAGAAACAUGUGCAGGACUCCCAUGAAUUACAAGAACCACAUUCAUCGUAAUGGUGAGUUGUAUAUUUAAUAUUUUUUCAAAUUGUUUCUAUGCCUGUCUCUCAAAAUAUAUGAAACUAGUCUGUGGCAAAAAAAAGGUUUGGGACACCCGAUCGAGAGCACGGUAGGAACACCGUGUUUUGUAUUUGUAUUGAUGGGCCCCCAAAACAUACAUUUAGUCAUCAGCAAACUAUUAAUAUAAUUAUUUCAUUCAAUGAUUGUUAUUAGAUUUAUUUCAUUCAAAGUAAGAUAACAUACUUACCUUCAAAGUGUAGCCGGAGCGGUCUCCACGUUCUGAACGGUAUUUUCAAAUUUAAAGGUUGCUUUAUAUUUUUCACAGAUUUUACAUUCACAACAAGUCUAAGGAAAAGUACACAUUCCAGGAUUUGCACGCAGCCUUAGCUGUCAAUGAAUCACGCCUCUUUGGUGUUUCCGCAUUCAUUACCAGCUUAGGCGUGACGGAUGUGUCUGAAGUCUGGACAGGAGAAUCUGUGUAGAUGAAAAGUGCUCAAGUCAAGGCGUGUAUAAAAGGACUUAUGCGUGAACUGGAAAAUAUGGCCCAAUAAGAUGUGAAUGGUUAGAUGACCUCAUCCUACUAACAUUUAAGUUUUACUAUUUAAAAACAUAAAGGUUAUAAUGAAGGAUUUUAGACAAUCAAUAAACAGUGGAUGUCUGAUGUGUAAAUACCCCACUUCUUUGCCUAGCAUUCCAGUGCAGCCUUCCAGUGUACUUUAGGCUUGUUUAUUUUUUUUUUAUAUCAGAAAGUGACAAAAGAAGACUUUUAGAGUCAGUAUGCAGUUCAACAUGCAGAGACUAUGCAAAUAAAGCGAAUAUGUUUGUGUGUUUGUCUUUCUCGUGCUUGUGGCUGCUUGCUUGUGUGCCUGCUGUCUGGCAAACAUGCUUCUCUCUUUUAAUUAAGUCCAUUUUUUAUUUUUCAAACAAUAGAUUUUCAUGCUUUAUAACUUGUACAAACAGUAUUACACUUAUUGUGGCAUCUAAAUAGUUUUUAUUAGCAUGACUCGCUGCCAUCAAAUUUGACCUGAGCUUUUUAAGAUGUUGUUUGUAUGACCAAGUAUGACCUACCUUACUUCCAUCUAUCCAUUUUCUAUACCGCUUCACUCCUUUAGGGUCUCAGUUGAGCUGGAGCAUAUCCCAGCUGACAUUAGGCGAGAAGCAGGGUACAGUCUGAACUCAUCACCAGCCAAUCCAUUUUCUGUACCGCUUAACUUCACAAGUGUCGCGGGCGUGCUGAACCUAUCCCAGCUGACUCUGGGUGAGAGGCUGCGAGGUAGAUGUGUUAACUAGUCGCCCUCAUCACCAGCCAACCGCGUAUAAAUAAACCAUUCAGACUUUCAAUUGAGAGUCUGCCUUCCUAACUACAGGUUCAAUAUUACUCGGUAUUACAUACCUGUUAAUACAUUUGUGUUACCAUUAUUCAAUAAUUUCCUCAGGCUCUUAUAUAGAUACCAUAUCGAGGCACUCGUGUUUUUUAUGAUUGUAGUUAUUAGUGGCAAACAAUUCUCAUUUGCUAUGAGUCCCAUAAUCUUUCUUAUAUGCCCUCCUCCAUCCAUUUCUGGAUCAAAAAGCUUGCUUCAUUGGUUUCAAAUGGCUGAUUUUUGUUCAUUUGUCACAGAGGCAUCAUUGAAUUACGUAAUUGGGAUCUUCUCCAGUCUUCAUUGUGAAUUAUAUAAUGGGCAUCUGGUUGUCCAUGAUUGAAGUUGUUCAGUGGACCUAAUUAGUAAAGCGGCUCAUACCCCCAACCUUAACUCUUUCAAAACUUGAUUGAAUUUAAUCACAAGCCUAUUAUAAAUGUUGAAGGUUUUCAAAACGUGAGGUGUUCUGCCCGAGGGACGCCAGAGGACUUUAGAGGAGGCCGGGGCUGAGCAGAAAACAGAAAUGCUCCCUAAAGAGGGUCACUUUCCCAAAGUCCUGGGGUCUCAUUUAUACAAGAAUGCAUAGCACAGGUUCUAAGUUCGUUCGUAAGACUGAAAUUUAGAAUGUAAGUACAACAAAAUCCGUAUUCAUCAAAAGUGCGGACACCUGUCGUACACAUACCAGUAUAAUUUGUUUUGAUAAAUUCCACAUGGACCUUGGCGAGCCGAUCCCCGGCUACAGAAGCAGACUCUAGGGACGUAGAAUGUCACCUCUCUGGCAGGGAAGGAGCCCGAGCUGGUGUGUGAGAUAUAGUUCGGCUCGCUUCCACACACUGCUUGGGUUCUGGUACAAGUCCUCUUGAGAGGGGUUGGAAUCUCUUCCACUCUGGAGUUGCACACGGUGAGAGGCGCCGAGUAGGUGUGGGUAUACUUAUUGCCCCCUGGCUCGGCGCCUGUACAUUGGGGUUCAUCCCGGUGGACGAGAGGGUAGCCUCCCUCCGCCUUCGGGUGGGGUGACGGGUCCUGACUGUUGUGCAUAUGCACCAAACAGCAGUUCAGAGUACCCGCCCUUUUUGGAGUCCUUGGAGGGGUUGCUGGAAAGCGCUCCCGCUGGGGACUCCAUCGUUCUGCUCUGGGACUUCAAUGCUCACGUGGGCAAUGACAUUGAGACCUGGAUGGCCAUGAUUGGGAGGAACGCCCCCCCCCCUUCCCUGAGGGUGGAUGAGAUAAGCCCGGAGUUCCUAAAGGCUCUGGAUGUUGUGGGGCUGUCCUGGUUGACACGCCUCUGCAACAUUGCGUGGACAUCGGGGAACAGUGUCUCUGGAUUGUCAAACUGGGGUGGUGGUCCCUCUUUUUAAGAAGGGGGACCGGACGGUGUGUUCCAACUAGAGGGGGAUCACACUCCUCAGCCUUCCUGGUAAGGUAUAUUCAGGGGUGCUGGAGAGGAGGGUCCGUCGGGAAGUCCAAUCUCAGAUUCAAGAGGAGCAGUGUGGUUUUCCUCCUGGCCAUGGAAGUGUGGACCAGCUCUACACCCUCGACAGGGUCCUCGAGGGUGCAUGGGAGUUCGCCCAACCAGUCUACAUGUGUUUGGUGGACUUGGAGAAGACAUUCGACCAUGACCCUUGUGGAGUCCUGUUGGGGAUGCUUUGGCAGUAUGGGGUACCGAACCCCCUGAAUAGGGGCUAUUCUGACCUGAGCUGUACGACCGGGGUCAGAGUUUGGUACGCAUUGCCGGCAGUAGGUCGGACACGUUUCCAGUGAGGGUUGGACUCCGCCAAGGCUGCCCUUUGUCACCGAUUCUGUUCAUAACUUUUAUGGGCAGAAUUUCUAGGGGCAGCCGAGGCGUAGAGGGGUGUCCAGUUUGGUGGCCUCAGUAUUGCAUCUUUGCUUUUUGUAGAUGAUGGGGCUCUGUUGGCUUCAUCAGGCCGUGAUCUCCAACUCUCACUGGAGUGGUUCGCAGCAGAGUGCGAAGCCACUGGGAUGAAAAUCAGCACCUCCAAAUCUGAGACCAUGGUCCUCAGUCGGAAAAGGGUGGCGUGCCCUCUCCAGGUCGGGGAUGAGAUCCUGCCCCAAGUGGAGGAGUUCAAUGAUCUUGGAGUCAUGCCCACGAGUGAGCGAAUUAUGGAACGGGAGAUAGUCAGGCGUAUCGGUGCAGCGUCUGCAGUGAUACAGACUUAGUAUCGCUCUUUUGUGGUGAAGAACGAGCUAAGCCGAAAGGUAAAGCUGUCUAUUUACCGGUCGAUUUACGUUCUUACGCGCACCUAUUUUCAUGAGCUGUGGGUCCGUGACCGAAAGAACAAGAUCCCGAAGCGUCAGAAAUGAGUUUCCUACACACUUAGAGAUAGGGUGAGAAGCUCGGUCAUCUGGGAUGGGCUCAAAGUAGAGCUGCUGCUCCUCCGCAUUGAGGGGAGCCAGAUGAGGUGAUUUGGGCAUCUGAUUAGGAUGCCUCCUCGACGCCUCCCCGGUGAGGUGUACCGAGCACGUCCCACCGGGAGGAGACCCCGGGGACCACCCAGGACACGCUGGAGAGACUGUGUUUCCCGGCUGGCCUGGGAACGCCUCUGGAUCCCCCCGGACGAGCUGGAUGAAGUGGCUGGGGAGAGGGAAGUCUGGGCGUGCCUGCUAAAGCUACUGCCCCCGCGAACCGACCUCGGAUAAGCGGUAGAAAAUGGAUGAAAAAUGAUGAGAUGAUGAAAUUCCACAUGUUCUAAAGUGCCGUUUAGCCUAAUUUGCAUUGAGAAACGCCUCCAAUUCACCAUCUAUGGUAGCAGCAAUCCCUUUAAGAAUGUGCGGCUCUACUACUUCCCUCGUCGAAGUCAUGGCAAAGAAGGCGGAGAAAAUUAAUAUCUCGAGACCGACAUUGAGGUCGAGAAGUGGAAACAAACCAUGAAACACUGUUUGUCUCAAUUAAUGCAGGGUGUUACCAACAAAAGGGGAAGAAAAUGACAUGGGAGAAUGGACGCUGCUGUUAAUUGUGUUGCACCAUAGAAAAGUGAAGUCUCGGGGGGGGAAAAAAAGGUUAACAUCAAACUCAAUGCUAAAAGAUAUGGCACAGCCCACAAAAAAGAAUUAUCUUUAACUAACUGGAGGUACCUGUAUUGCAAGCAUUAUUAUUAUACAGUACGUGCAGCUAGCUAUCCUUAGCUCCUGUUUGGAGGCCCACAUCCACAGAGCUGUUCUGUAGCAUCAAUAAAUCUUGCAUUCCCCCAGGCGAUGUGAAUCACAGCUUAUUUGUGCUUUGAUUGAAACUGUUCACUUAGCUGAAUUCAUUGUGUGAUAGUGCUUUCAUUGAAAUAUGGGCGCAAUCUGUGGCUCCAACUAUCGUUGGGAAGUCCUUGUUUAAUUUCGGCUUGUUUGUGAUGUCUUUAUUAGAAUUGGAUCUAAAUUGGGAAUUAAUUCCAUCCAGCAUUGCCGGAAUGAUUCAUCUUAUAGUGUUGCUUGCGAAAUGCCGCAAAGGUCUCCACUCUCCUGCAAGUCCAAGUUGAUAAAUGUCAUGCUUUGCGUGGGAGUGUUUGUAUGCAUGCUUGACGUACAAUUCUAGGCGUACGCACGGCUUAAUAAAUGAGUGCGUGUAUAUCUUAACCUUUGAUUAUAGAAAGAAUAUCUAUAAGACCGCAAAUAUCCAACAAUCGUCAAUUGAAAGUCACCUGAAUAGAAAUCAUCUCACCUAAAAAUUGGUGCCACUUUUAUUUGUCUGUAUUGUAUUUAACUGUAAGCCCCCACUGAGAUUUUUUUUGUGUACGGGUCGAAAGUUUGAUUUAAAAACAUUCACAAUUUGCGUUUGUUUGUGCUUGAAAUCUUUGGCCCAUGACCCAAAGUGAUUUUCCUGAUUCAAUUUGUUGUCAUUUUUGUCAAAGGCUUGAAUUGUUAUUGAAACACCAACAUACCCACUAUGUACAGCAAAUUAAUUAUAAUUCUUUAAAUCACUUGCAUAUGUAAAUGCAUGUGAACGAUGUCAGUAGCUCAUAUUGUGGUUCCCUAUGAUAAUGUUUUCCAAAUGUUGAUACAAUUUAUAUUUUCUUGAUUACACCACGAUAACGUGACCAGUUUUUCACAAUUUUAAAUUGUUAAUAUAUAUUUUUGUAGAUGUAACUUAAAUUAUUGCACAUCUUGAAAGAUUCUGACCAAGACAUAUACCUAUCCUUAAACCCACAGUAUCUGUGAUAACAUUUUUAUAAAGUCACCUUUGUAUCUGGUGAAUACCUGUAUUCUUAUGAUGUAACCCAAAACUUCUGUAGUUUUUGCUCAUCCACCCCACCCCCAAAUUAGAGGAUUAAAAUGUAUCGACAGACUUUAUUUUAUUGGUUAUUAUUUCAAUCCGGACAAUGCAAUAUUUACUAACCAUUCAACACAGAUAAAUGGAAAAAAUAAUAAAAAAUGCAUACAACAUAGUUUCUCUGUUGCUAAACUGACUCUGCCAUACUGCUCUUUUACAUCUGUGCCUGUGUCAAAAUGUACAAGGUAUUUGGUGUUGUUUACCCUGACAGAUGCUGCUCCUCAACAACUGAAGCAAAUCAUGUUUGGCAUUUUUAAUGAUUCUUUUACUGGAUUGUCUGUACUCUAUUUGGUUGUACUCUAUUUGAUUUUUAUGAUUUUGGUCAUCCUUCAGCAAGCAGUACCGUCCUUUCCUAAGCUUGGGUCUCUAAAUUUCGCUUUAGUUUUUUAUAUUUUAUAAUUGUGUACAUUACUACCAAUAUUAAAAAAAUAUUUUUUCUCUGUUUGAAAAUGAUUAUCCUGUUUAUGCAAAUCAAUGCUUCAGAGGGUUGGGCUGCACUGUAUAACCAAAGGUAAUGUCUGUGUCAUUUUGCGCCUAACACAAUCAUUAGACAGAAGUCGCAGGGGUUUUAAUUGCUUCUGAGCAUCUGUCAUAUGCAAUGUAUUUUAGACUUUGUACCAAUAAACAGUAUGCAAUGUAAUCACACACACAAAAAAGAGAAAUCACAGUUUGUGUGUAUUUUUUGUUUCAUUUCCUUGUAUGAUGUUGACAAUAUGAAUAUCCAUUCAAAUACAGAAUAGUAUUUCUGUUAGUUUUUCCACAGGGGCAUAAGAAACCGUUGUUCGCUGGUGGAAACCUGUGGUGAGUGGUGGGAUUGACUGGUUUUCAAAUGUGUAAUUAUCAAAGUGAGCUGACAAGAAUGUUAAAAUAUCAACUUUUGCUUUUGCUGCAUUUUUGGUGAAAUAGCAUGAGUAGGCCUCUUGCUCAGUGCUUGUGGAACAAUCAACUUCCAAUAACUGCUACUAAGCACUUGAGAUAGUGCUUUGCUUAAGAAGAAAUGUAAGAGAGGGAUUUACAUUUGUAUGUAUUGUGCUAACUAGAAUAGGCACAAGCUAAAAAGCUAAAAAAAAAAAAAAAAAUGUAACCUAUUCAUGAGCACUAUCUCAGGUUACUAUCUUGCUCCAUUUUCAGAAUCAGAAUCAUCUU